GCCGCAUAUAAAUAAUAACAGCCAUGACGUUAGUUUAGCAUGUGGGAAGAAUCGCUCACUGUCGAAUCUUAAAAAAACCCAAAAACACCGACAGGAAGCAGCAACAGUAUGUCGGUCGACAGCGUGUUCAGGACCCGCUCGCUCGGUGUGGCCGCGGAGGGUCUUCCUGAUCAGUAUGCCGAUGGUAAAGCAGCGAAAGUGUGGCAGCUAUACAUCGGAAACACGCAGAGUAGGACGCAGGAGUACAAAAGCUGGGUGGUGUCGCUGCUGAGAGAGCAAGGUGCCCGGAGAGUGCUGGAUGUAGCCUGCGGAACAGGUGUGGACUCCAUUAUGUUAGUGGAGGAGGGUUUCAGUGUGAUGAGUGUGGAUGCCAGCGACAAAAUGCUAAAGUACGCGCUGAAGGCGAGAUGGGAGAGAAGAAAAGAACAAGCCUUUGACCAGUGGGUGAUUGAAGAAGCCAACUGGCUGACACUACCAGAAGACAUCCAGAAACCUGGAGGCGGUUUUGAUGCCGUUAUUUGCCUCGGCAACUCCUUCGCUCACUUACCAGACUUUAAAGGGGAUCAGAGUGACCAAAAGUUGGCUCUCCAGAACAUCGCUAGUAUGGUCAAACCAGGUGGGAUCCUCAUCAUCGACCACCGCAACUAUGACUACAUCUUGGAGACUGGGCGGGCACCACAAGGCAAAAAUAUUUACUAUCAGAGUGAUCUAACUCAGGACAUAUCCACCUCUGUGCUGUGGGUCAACAGUAAGCCCCAUAUGAUCACUCUGGACUAUACCCUUCAAGUGCCCCAAGACAGCCCCCAGAGCCAGCCUGAAGUCAGUAAAUUUCGCCUGUCCUACUACCCCCACCGCCUGAACAGCUUCAAAGCGCUGCUGCACGAAGCCUUCCAUGGGAAAGUGGAGCACAGCGUCUACGGAGAUUUCAUGGCGUACGUCCCUGGCCAAACUCAAGCUCCGUGCUACUUUGUCCAUGUCUGUAAGAAGACGGCCUAGCUGCAUUAACACCUUUCAGUUCAUACAGUUUGAAUCUUCCAAAUUCUAUUCAAAUUGAUCCGAAAUUCAAAAGAUUGUAUAAAAAAUGUAAUUGCAUGAUUGCUGAGUCACCAUUGGUGGCCCACAGAGUAAUAUAUGAAAAGGCACAAUUAUGAUGACUAUAGCAAAGAUAUGGUAAUGUUCUGUUUUUAUUUACCACGUAAAAACACAGAUUAUUAUCUGUGUACGUUCAUAUUGUGGCCUUUUGUUGUAAUUGUUUGAUGAGAAUGAUGUUUGAUGAAAAUGGUUGUUUGGAGCCGAAGAGAGAGAAUUUAUAUUAGGUAAACAGCAGAAUCACAUUUUGCCUUAUUCUAUAUUCUGUACUGUGCUGCUAAUGUUUUUUGUUUUUUUUUUGUAAUCUUGCAAAGUUGUUGAUAUCAAGGUAAACAAGAACUGACUGCCAUCUGAAAAGAAUAUCUCACAGUUCUUGUCAAUCUAACCUACUCGCAGUGUCACACGGGGUCGGACUCUGUAAAGUCCACACAGGUUUUUCAUUGGUGAAAGCGUUUAGGAGUUUAACGCUGCUUGAAGUCCAAAUGCUCAAACCUUUGUGAUGGUUUACCACCUCCAAAACAUCUGACGUCCCUCUUGAGUAAAGUUAAUGAUAUGUAACAAUGUUUGCUGCAUGCAUCCCUCACCUAUGUCUUAUAAACUGGAAAAUAUUACCUCUUGUUUGUGAUGGUAAAAGCCUUCUAUGGGGAAAUCCAAAUUACCUGCGGCAUCGUACACCAGGGGUGUCCAAAAUGUCCGCAGUUUUGUUUUUUAUUGAUUUAUUAUUGAUAUUAGAUAACACACAAGUUUGCUUUGCUGCCUAUAACACAGAGCUAAGAUAUGGAUAUUGUAGUCCGGUAGCUUGACAUAUAUUGACCUAUAUUAAAUUGGUUUUAGUAUCUUUAACGCAUACAAUGUAUCCUCGGUGGAAAAGGUUUGGACACCCUUGCACUGAAUCAGCCCUCGCUAUGUUUAGGGAACGGCCUCAGAAUGUAAGCAGCUGCAUCACAGUCACAACCUGGGACACAUAAUCCUCUUAAACAUGCUGUCAACCAAAGAUAUUGCUUAUUCUUGUUUAAUUUCAUCAGUCAUUAAUUUGCAUAUUGUACAAUGAUUGAAACCUAUUGAAAACCAUCCUACUUACCAAAUAACUCACUGCAAAGAAUUUGAAUGUUAUCAAGUUCAGUGGCCCCCUGCUGUUUGGCUGCAGACUGCAUGGUGCAUUGAAAUGUCUUGUCAGCGCCACUGUGGUUUCACUUCUUUAAUGGAAGUGGACUGAAAUGCAUUUGUUGAGACAUUUCCAUUGAACGUUUCACAACAGUCUUAUAUUGAUGGUUAUUAAACCGUGAAAAUCA